AUUAUGUAAUUUUAUGUUUAAAUCCAUAUAAACAACAACUGCUAAACAGGCAAAACACGAAUUGAUUAAUAAUCUAAUGCAAAAAAAACUUCAUAUUUUAAAGUAAAAGCAUAAAUAUUUGUCGGUUUCAAUCAGUUCCAGGAAUAGGGAUCUCAAGGAUAACAACAAAGUUUUUUCACUUAUGAAAAGUGUGAUUAACAAAGAGAGCGGUUUGACAGCAAUUACCUCAGAAUAAGUAUAAAAGCAAAAUGUUUUCUAUAUGUGAACACACAGUGAAACUAAAACUUUAAAAAUGAGUUUAAAAGUUAUUUCUGCUCUUAUUCUGUGCUGUUAUGUGUCUUAUAUUUUGGGCCAACAACUCAGUGGUUCUGUGAGCGUAGGCCAGUCUGAGUGCCAGAUCGCGAGGGCCAGGGCUUUGAAGUCCACAUCAGUGGUUAAUUUGGUGCCCAAUUGUGAGGCGAAUGGCACCUAUUCGGCACUUCAGUGCCAUUCAAACAGCCAAUGGUGUCAGUGUUGGAAACGUUACCAGUUCGGGGGGACCCAGCAAUGCAGGCAUCGCACCGAUUGGGGCAUAUGUGCCGCAAUGCGCUCCCGAUGGCGGGUACGCGAAGACCCAGUGUCACGGCUCUACCGGUCACUGUUGGUGUGUGAACGACGUCGGGGCACAAGUCGGGCAAAAGACCAGAGGAACCGUCACUUGUACUUAAUUGCAUUCAGUAAUACAUUCAAGAAUAUGACAAAUGAUAACAUGUUUUUUCAAUAAUUAAUUGGGUAUUUGUAUGAAAAACAAAACUAUUUCUAUGAAUCUUCAAAAAUAAUUUGCA